AUGCCGAGGAAACGUUCUGCUCGCGAUGUGGCGACUUCCGCGACUGUCGACGCGCCUCCAGGAGCGGCGACGGAUGCCCUUUUGGUCGCCAUCACUGAAGUUGCGGACUCUGCGGAAAUACUCGGCCGACGCGUCUCCUCUCGGAUACGCGCGAAGAAGGACGAAGUCGUCAAGACCGAAGCCGACGCUGCCCUAGGAGAAGAUGCGGAGAUGUCGCCGUUGAGCGCGCCCGAGGAGGAAGAAGAGCCGCCGAAGAAGAAGAGGAGGCGUACGAAGAAGAACGCGGAGCCAGAGGUGUACGAGAUUGAGCCUGUCGAGACGAAGACUACGACUUGGCGAGGGCGCCUGGGAUACGCGUGUCUGAAUACUAUACUGCGCAACGCGAAGCCCGACCCGACGUUCUGCAGCCGCACUUGUCGGCUCGAGACCAUCCGCAAGAACGGGCUUGAGUUCGCGAAGGACCUUGGCAAGCAGAACGCGCGAGACCUUGUGAAGCUCAUUCAGUGGAACGAGGAAAACAACAUACGCUUUCUACGCGUAUCCUCGGAGAUGUUUCCCUUCGCAUCGCACGACAAGCAGGGGUACACUUUGGACUAUGCGGCGGAGGAGCUACGGGCCGCCGGCGAUCUCGCCAAUAAACUUGGGCAUAGGCUUACUUCGCAUCCGGGCCAAUUCACUCAGCUAGGCUCGCCAAGGCCGAAUGUCGUGACGGCUUCCAUGCGCGAGCUCGAAUACCACACUUCAAUGUUUGAGCUCAUGGGCAUCGGCAAGGACGGCGUCAUCAUCAUCCACAUGGGCGGCGUCUAUGGAGACAAACCGUCCACUCUGGAACGCUUUAAGGAGAACUACAAGAAGCUGCCGGAUAAUGUUAAGGAUCGGCUGGUGUUGGAGAACGAUGAAAUGUGUUACAAUGUCGAUGACUUGUUGCCCGUGUGCGAGGAGCUCAAUAUCCCCAUCAUCUUUGACUACCACCACGACUGGAUAUACCCCUCCUCCCAACCUCCCGAACUCCUCCUCCCCCGCAUAAACGCCAUUUGGCACGCGAAAGGCAUCCGCCCCAAACAACACCUCUCCUCCCCGCGCCCCGGCGCCGUAUCAGUAAUGCAACGCCGCGCGCACGCGGGCCGCUGUCCCAGGCUUCCCGAAGCGCUCGAUGUGGAAGGUGCAGGGUGGUGGUGGGCGGGCGAGGGGGAGGAAAGGCACAAGGAGUAUACCGACUUGAUGGUCGAGGCGAAGGAUAAGGAGCAGGCGGUGUUCGAGCUGCAUAGGCGCUACGAGCUUCAACCGGUCGUCUGGGGAAAUCUGCGUCCGGCUAAGCCGGAUCCGCCGUUCGACGCGCCUUCGCCGGCGAAGAAGCGUUCUGCGAAGAAAGCUGCUGAGGCGAACGAGGAAGGCGAUGUGGACGGUGCUGGGGGUGUUGAGCCUGAAGAAGCGGGCGGCGGGUUGGGGCCUGACGAGGAUACUGUUGUCGAGGUCGAUAGUAUGUCGCAAGCGGGCGGUACGCCAAGUCCGCUGAAGCGCACGCGCUCGGCGCGCAAGAAGGUGGAUGUUGUUGAAGAGCAGGAUGAUGCGCUUCCGUCGCCGCCGUCGCCGCCGACAAGGAGGCAAAGCUCGCGUCGUGCUCCUCUUGCUGAGGUGGAAGCCGCUACGUGA